AUGUCCGACGCCGCCGCCGCCGCCCCCACCACCACCGUCGCCGACGCCCAGUCGCUCAACCUGGUCCUCAAGGCCCUUGGCCUGCCCGAGACUGAGCACGACCUGACUACUGCCCUGCAGGCCAUCAAGGAGGCUCAUGCGGAUCUGGUUCCCACCGACGGCGAGGAGUUCGCUCAGGUUCUCCAGUGGAUCCACCUGGCGUUCUUCACCAUGCAGCCCGCCAUCGCCGCCGCUUCCCAGCGUGACAUCCGCUCCAGCGCCCGCAACAACCUCCCGGCUCGUCGCUACAACGAGGUUGGCAACCUGUUCCGCUGGUUCAAGGAGGUCCAGGACCUUACCCACGACAAGAUCAACAUCUCUGUCUUCCCCAAGAUUGACUUCGAGGCUGCUCUCGCUGCCGUUGCCGCCGAGGCUGAGGCCCUCCAGGAGAAGAAGAAGGCCAAGGCCAAGCCCGCGGCCAAGCCCGCCGCCGCCGCCGAGGUCUCCGGCGAGCCCGACAUCUCGAUGCUGGACAUGCGCGUUGGCCGCGUGGUCAGCGUCGCCCUGCAUGAGAAUGCCUCGUCCCUGUAUGUGGAGCAGAUCGACUUCGGUGAGGAGACCGGUCCCCGCACCGUCGUUUCCGGCCUGGUUGGCAAGAUCCCGAUGGAGUAUCUUCAGGACCGCCUUGUUAUCUGCCUGUGCAACCUGAAGCCGGCUGCCAUGCGUGGUGUCAAGUCCUUCGCCAUGGUCAUGUGCGCUGCCAACGCCGAGGACACCGUCGUCGAGCUGGUCGAGCCGCCGGCCGGCGCCGAGGUGGGCGACGUCAUCGUCUUCGAGGGUCACCCCGGCGAGCCUCUGCCCCAGCUCAACCCGAAGAAGAAGAUCUUCGAGGCCCUGCAGCCGGGUCUGCGCACCGAUGCCAACCGUGUUGCUCGCUGGAACGACAUCGCUUGGUCCAUCAAGGGCAAGGAGGGCGUUUGUGCCCCGAACACCGUCGCCAACGGUACCAUCCGGUAA